AAACCAACCACAGCGUAGCAGAGACACGGGCUGCAAUUGUGGGAGAGUUCUCACUGCAGACCCUCAAAAAGACGAGUCUCUCCGUCCGCGUACAACGGCGCUUUAAUAGUAGUCGGUAUUAUAUCCUGUAAAUGCGAUGUUAACCUUUAUUUUUGUAUUUUCGGUCAUGUGUGUCUAGUAUACAUUGUGUUGAUGUCAAUAAUAUUUUAAUCUCUUCCGUAUUUCUGGCUGUCUGGAUUGUUGAGUCUACGGAGGGGAACUGUCGCCACUUUUUGGCUAGGCUUCGAAGAGAUUUCAAUUUGAGAGCAAAAUUGGGAACAUUUGGAUAGCCUAUUCUAACGUGGACAUACUUUGCCUUUUUCACGGUUUCAGACUAGUUGGGGGAAGUGUGUUUUUUUUUUUUACAAUCCACGCACGCAUAUCGUUUCCCUUCCAGAAUUCUUUCUGGACCUUUCGAGUAGCCUGUCCUAAAAACUUCACCAAGGUGACACUUUUCGACACUUUUCGUUUGAUCUGAUGUAUUGGACUAGCGCUAAUAUUCAAGGAUGAUGUAUUAUUCUUAAAAACGAGGAUUCAGGUGGGAGGCCAUUAGGCUACCAGUGCCAACCAUAAUGGCAGACGACGAUAACCGUUUUAUAGUGGAAAAGUACAUUUGUCACAAACUCUUAAAACGGGGAUAUGCAUGGGAUUUCGAAGAUGCAGAGGAGGAAGAUGGUGCUAAUAAUGGGUCGAUGAUUUCUCCUCCGCCGGGUUUGGUACGGCGGAUUCAUGGGGCCAGUAAAGCCGGACAGGGCAGCGUUCCCCAUAUUUCCAAAUGGCUCUCCCAACCAGACCCGCAUGCAGCUAUUCACAGAGUGUUGCGUGAGGCCGGGGACGAACUCGAAAGACUGUACCAACCCGACUUUUUGGAGAUGUCACACCAGCUGUAUCUGACGUCCUCUGUGGCCGAGAGGAGAUUCAGAGAGGUUAUAGACGAGCUGUUCAGAGACGGAGUUAACUGGGGACGUAUUAUCGCUUUCUUCGAGUUCGGGGGCACAAUAUGCGUGGAAUGCGUGAACAAGGAAAUGACUUCGCAGGUGGACCACAUUGCCGGGUGGAUGACAGAAUAUCUAAAUGGACCCCUGCACAGCUGGAUUCAAGAAAACGGGGGAUGGGAGGCCUUUGUGGAGCUCUAUGACAGACAGAGGGACUCUGUGUUCUGUUCAUGGCCCUCCAUCAAGACUGUCUUUGGCCUGGCUGCACUGGGGGCUGCAAGCCUCACCAUUGGAGCAUACCUUACACAGAAGUGAAGGACUUCUUUUUCUCUCAUCUUCUCUUCCUCUUUCACUCCUGGUUUUUCAAAGGGAGUCCUGCUCCCUCUAUGACAUUUCCGCAUCCCCUACCAGUCUUCAAAGCCUCUUUUUCUCCCCACCUCCUUUCCUGCUACCAAGAAAACCUCCCUCUUCUUCACCACUCACUUCAAAACAAGGACACAACUCAAACAGCAGCAUGAAACGAAGUAAUUGCCCAAACUGAAGGAAAUGUGUAAUAAAAGAUGUCCCUUUUAACUCUAAUCAGAGAAUGUUGAGAGUGGCGACUGAGGGACUGAAAAUUGCAGAGGAGAGGGGAGGGUUGGCAUUCAUCGUUUGUGUCCUGCCUGCUUCAGUACUAGUUGUAGCAUGAAACCUCUGUGUGCUCGUGUGGACUUGUGUAGCAUGUGUCAUUGUUUUAAAAGAUGGCACGCAUUACCCAGAGACCUACCUAGGACUGCAAGGACAAUGAGUGAUAAAACGGCUUGCACCGACAAAGAAGCGGGCAGCCCCUAUUUGUUAGGACGAGGAAUUGUUUUAACUGUGUGGACUCUGCAUACCUCCUCCAGCCUGACUUCAAAAGAACUUCAUCCACAUAACAGCUGGUCUCUGUGAUAGGAUAUCGCUAAUAUGUGUCCACCGCUUCUACACCACAAUAUUCCAGGAGCAUCACUAAACUUACACUACACACACACACACACAAUAUAUUAUAUAACACAAGGUCUCAACAGAACAAAAUCCAGGCAGGUAUAACUUAAUCUGCAGAGAUCUGAGAGAUGUUUGACCUGGAUGAAAUGGAGGAAAAGACGGAUGUAUUGAGGACAAGGCAGGUUAGUUCAAGUUGUCUGAUCACGUUACUGACAGAAAGAGGAAAAAUAUGAUUCCCCUUUGCUAGCUUUCUGGCUUAGUUAUGAUCAGAGGUAGACAGGGGAAUACGGGAAUAGAGGGAUGAAAAAAACAGAAAGAAAGGGAUUGUUAAGGGACAAAAUAAGGGGGCAAAAGCAGAGAGAAAUGAAUGGACUGAGCAUCAACAUGGGUAUGGUGAAAAACAUAUAAUUAGUUAGGCACAAUUUCUGGGGGUCAAAGAUAAGAUUUCAGUAAUAGCCAGGAUUUCUGUUCGUGUUCUGUGCUCUUCUACAGCCAGUUAAAAUCUCUGAUCUGGAGGAACUGUCCCGGAAUGGUCCAGCAUGGAUCUGUUGGGCUUCAGUCACCACCUCACUGUGUCAUCGCUACGGACGUCUCUGGAAAACAUUUUGUGCUCACCUGUUGCCGCUGGUUUUCCUGUCACUUUCUCUUCUUUUCUUCCCACCUUCCCUGCCCGUAUCUCUGACCAGAACUCUUGGCCUCACCAAAGCCAAGCCACUUCUGAAAGGGGACUGAACCUAACCGCCAUAUCUCCCAGAACAUGUGUCCUCCAGCUGCUAAUGCUGCUUGGUUUUGAGCUAGGGGACAAAGAGGCCCCACAUACCUCCCCACAGACCACACCAAUGGUUGAUUCCACAUUAAGGAGGACCAUGUUGGAGACACUCUUUACUGUGUUGGAGUUGAGUGGUGUCCAUUUUGUUAAUAGUAACAUAUUUGAACUCUCCUGCAGGACCUGCCUCUUCAAUAGCACAGAUUACAUCAUCUCUUUAGAGCAGGUUUCUUAAACCAAGGGUCAGGACCCAAAGUGGGCCCUAGUAAUUAAAGUGUAAAGAGAUUUUAGAAUAACAUUUUAGAAUAAAUGUCACUCUUAAUUUGGGUCAAUGGAGGACUAUUUUGGGUCAGUGUCAUUCAGGUGUUGGGUUGAAAAAAUAUUUGAAAAACCUUUAGAAUAAAGAAAUUCCCUGAAUAGAUAAGUUUAUAGAUUGAGCUGUUAGUGUUGGAAAUGAUGAAAAGCCAGGCUUAUCUAUAGUAUUUAAUGUCUAGCAUUCUAGUGUAGGAAGCAUGCUAUUGACUCAUAUUGUGUAGACUGGCACACCUGUUUCUCUCACCAAAGGUCUCAUUCUUUCAUGUACAAAAUGUCAUCCGAAGUUCAUCACAAUAUUAACUAUGUAUCCUGAUAUUUAUAAGAAAAUUAUCAAAUUUUAUACAUACUGACUAAUGAUUCAUAUUUAUUGAGAGGUACCAGAAGACAUUUUUAAAUGAUAGAUAAAAAGUGAAUGAUAGAUGAACAGUUAACAGCAUUUGGGGGCCGCUGUUUAUAUGGAAAGUAGAGCAACAUUGAAUUUCUUUUUGUCUAAAACAUGUAAAUGUGUUAAUACUGGAUUAACGCUGCUGUACUGUAUAGUCCAAAUGUAACUGAACUCACAGCUUCAAACUGCCACACAGUAUCGUUAUAGAAAGCUGUAAACCAUAGUUAACCUGGUAGAAACUUAAUGUUCCUAACAUGUAAACAUGUUGCAUGAACAGAAACACAUGCCAAUUCACUUGUCGGACUGAGGUUUUAUGUGGGUUGUUGUAUAGACGACCUGUCGCAUUUAUAGGGCACUUUUAGUGACCAGGGCCCGUACUGCAAAUGAAAAUGAGUUGUCAUCGGAACAUCCGGACUGGAGGUUGUCAUUGAUCGCUGGGCAUAGGGCUUCAUUGAAUAUUUGCGCACUAAGGGGCAAUUGGGGACAGUCAAUAUUGGCCUGUUGUUCAAUAACAUUAAAGUAGAUCCUGUAGCCCCUGAACGUACCUAGCUGUACAUAUGGUGACCUGUGCUGCUUUUAAGAUAUACACGUAUGUUAAUUGUUAACAGAUUUAUUAUUUACCUCUCGAGUUUAUGUAAUGGCAGAAAAGUCUACAGUUGUGUGCUUGUUACCUGCUAGCGUCUGUCAUCAUAACUAAGGGCACUAAUCUGUUUCCAUUGUAACGUUAGAGGUGAACUUCCUACUCAUGAUAAACCCUUCAAGUGAUCCAAAUGAAACUGAUUCUGAAAACAAAAAUAAAAUGUAUAAAAAGUCAGUAACUGAAUAAUGAAAAAAAAAUAAUGGUGAUAAGGAAUCAUUUGAAGUCUCAUAUUCCCUUCUGUGAUUCUGUUUAAAUGAAUGUAGCUCAUGUGAAAUCAUGGUUGUAGUGUUGUAAUUAAAAUCCUCAACCUGUGGCACCUAAAAGGUGAAACCAAACCAAUGAGCAUUGCUUACUGCUCUGUAUAUAUCCACAAUUAUUAGGAUUUAAUUAAAUCAAACAUGCAUUGCAGUAUUUACGCAGUAGUUCUUAUUUCAGUGGUCAAGUUAACUUACAGACUUGUCUUGGCGUCAAUUUAAAAACCUACUAAUUAAUUCCAUGGAAAUACCACCUAACCUAUAUCAUUUAAGUUAGAAGAGUGGGGAGAUGGGAUGAAUAUUGUAAAAGACACUGUUAACUUUGCUAGGUGUGAAUAAAUCCCAGUGUUUCCUAGGUAACACCAUGUUAUGAAUAAACCACAUCUUUAUUGGAAUCUGA